ACAGAUGCGCUGAUGCCCCAAGUGUUCACAAGGCUUCCCGCUAACCAUGCCGCGGUCCCCGCAGCUGCUUUGACGCUGCUCCUGCUACUUCUGCUGGUGCUGACGCCACUCCUAACCGGGGCGCGACCAUCCCCAGGCCCGGAUUACCUGCAGCGGAGCUGGCUGCGGCUGCUGGUGGAAGGAGACGGCUGCGCGCCCUGCCGGCCAGAAGAGUGCGCCACGCCGCGGGGCUGUCUGGCCGGCCAAGUGCGCGACGUGUGCGGCUGCUGCUGGGAAUGUGCCAAUCUCGAGGGCCAACUCUGCGACCUGGACCCCAGCGCUCACUUCUACGGGCAAUGCGGUGAGCAGCUGGAGUGCCGUUUGGACACAGGCGGCGAUCUGAGCCACGGCGAGGUGCCCGAGCCGCUGUGUGUCUGCCGCUCGCAGCGUCCGCUCUGCGGCUCAGAUGGCCGCACCUACCCGCAGAUCUGUCGUUUGCAGGAGGCGGCCCGUGCAUGGCCCGACGUCAACAUCACCGUGGCGCACCCAGGACCCUGUGAGUCGGAGCCCCAGAUUGUGUCACACCCACAUGACAUUUGGAAUGUGACAGGGCAGGACGUGAUCUUUGGCUGUGAAGUGUUUGCCUACCCUAUGGCCUCCAUUGAGUGGAGGAAAGAUGGUUUGGACAUCCAGCUGCCAGGGGAUGACCCCCACAUCUCUGUGCAGUUCAGGGGUGGACCCCAGAGGUUUGAGGUGACUGGCUGGCUGCAGAUCCAGUCUGUGCGCCCCAGUGAUGAAGGCACCUACCGCUGCCUUGCCCGCAAUGCCCUGGGUCAGGCAGAGGCCCCAGCCAGCCUGACUGUACUGACACCAGACCAGCUGAACUUCACAAGCAUCUCCCAGCUACGGGCCCUAAACCUUCUCACCCAGGAGCAAACCGAGAGUGAAGAGGCUGAGGAUUACUACUAG